GAAUGAAUAGGAGCCAUCCACUCUUGAAGUCCUCGCUUUGAGCUUCGUUGUGUGACACCACUGUGCAUAAGGAGCGAAGGAAGGUCCCCGAGUUCCCGCUGCCACCUAGUUCCGAAGUCCGAACGCCCGGACGACGGCGCCGGCUCAGAGAGGGAGAAUCCAAACAAAAAUAGACCGGGCGGCUUCACUCAACACACGGAGACGAUCUUUCCGCUGCCGGGAGGGGAAAUGGGGUCUAUCGAAGCAGUGAAUUCUUUUGUGAAUAACAUAUUACGUCGAGACGCGCUAGAAGAGGCCUUUAACGCCUUCAUCGUCCACACGCAACAUUCAUGGACGUCACAAGAUGACACAGAAGCCAGUCCUUCAGAAGAAUUGGCUCAAAUCUUUUCGGUGAACGCCGAGCAGACCGAUGCGGCGCUGAAAGCCUUCGUCAGCCAUGCCUGUCAGCUGCGAAACCACAAGCAAUUACGGAAGCUACUGCAAAUCUUGGAGACCGCAGUUCUUGACGGUAAAGUUAAUGCAAAGCAAGUUUGCGAGGCUCUCCUCGGAGGUCUAUGCUUCCAGCAUGUCGAGUACUGGGUCCAGGCUCUGACGCUGAUCGAGCAACUGCUGCCUCAGGUUGACUAUAAAGGCGUGAGAGAUUUGCUUAAACUCUUGUUCGACAAGGCUCAUCACAUCCCGUCGACCGUGAACUUGUCCUGCAUGCGGCAGCUGAAUGCGCUGCAGUCACUAGUGGAACUGAUACUCGACCGGAGUGCGGCUCUGUGUCCAUCGUACCUGGUUUUGGAUGACAUGCAAAAACGCCUCAGUGCCCAGGAUGGAUGGCCCCACUGGAAAAUCGCAAGGCUGAUCUCAGCCUUUGUGGAUAGCUUCCGGCCUCUGGCCCAGCUCGUGACGAUUGUGGGGAGAUCUCGUUUGGUCCCGGUCGUCGGACAUUCGCCUCACGGUGCCUUCGCCUGGAAGAUCGACGCCGCCACCGCUAAAUUCACACUGAAGGGACAGCUGCCGUACACCGUCGAAGCUCAGCAGAGCCAGACCGUUCUCUUAAGAUUCGUUCUGGCGCAGCCGUAUUCCCGAGAUAUGGUUUGUUCGAUGCUGGGCCUGGUGAAAACUCAAAAGCAAAGAUGCGUGGUGUUAGAAAAUCAAAUCGUCGAUCUCAUGGUCACGGCUAUGCAGAGAUCGGAACAGGAGCCUCUAUCUUCAGACUCCCUGUGUCAGUUCUGGCAGAACAUAAGCUCCCAACUGAUCUACUUCGUUCUUUUCCAAUAUGCGUCCUUUCCCGACAUGGUUAUCGCAUUGCACACGCAGCUCUCAGCGAGCGCUUUGCGACGCGGGAGAGAUCAUCUCAUGUGGGUACUUCUACAAUUCAUCUCGGGCUCGAUCCAGAAGAACCCACUGAAUGACUUCCUACCGGUUCUCCGUCUCUACGAUCUAUUGUAUCCGGAAACGGAGCCGCUGCCGUUCCCUGACGUAGCAGACCCGAGUUGUACACGUCAACUUGCUGUCACUUGUAUAUGGGUUCACCUAAUGAAGAAGGCACAAGGGGAGCGCGGAUUGCAGAGACCUGUUCCAAUGACCCUUAAAGUGCACUGGGACAAUCUUGAAAAAGCAUUGUCGUCACAUCUCACUUCCGAUUACUGGACAUCUCUACUUUGUAAUGCUUAUUCCACAAAUCAAGAAUUCUUCCCGAGACCAAUGGGGGUUCUCGUCGAAGCGAUAAAAGGGGGAGCGGGACAUCCCACGCCGACGCAACCAUUGUCCAUGGGACUGCUGGAUUCCUUGACCGUGCAUACGAAAAUGUCCCUCAUUCAUAAUAUCGUCAGUCAGGUCAUGCAAGUCAUGAAGAAUCAGCAGCAACCGAUUCUGUCUCCAGCUCUAGUGGAGACUUAUUCGCGACUCUUGGUGUACAACGAAAUCGAGUCCCUCGGUAUCAAAGGAUUCAUGUCGCAUUUAUUACCUGCUGUGUUCCGACAACAGGCGUGGGCUAUACUCCACACGCUCUUGGAAAUGUUUUCCUACAGAUUGCAUCAUAUCCAACCCCACUAUAGAGUACAACUGUUGUCUCAUCUCCAUUCCUUGGCGUCGGUUCCGCAGACCAACCAGACGCAGCUCCAUGUGUGCAUGGAAUCGACCGCCCUGAAGCUUAUCACCAGCCUCGGCAGUGGAGAGGUGCAGCCUCAACUCUCCCGUUUCCAGGCUGAACCUAAACCUUUACUCUCUGCCGAUUCCGAAGAGCUGAACAAGGCUUUGGUGUUGACCCUCGCUCGUGCGAUCCACGUGACCGGAUCGGAAAGCUUAUCAAUGGCGUGGUGCAAGGAUCUCCUUCACGCCGCCCUGAGCAAUACGCCACACAGUUGGAGCAGUGCGACUCUAUCCUGCUUCCCCAGUUCCUUGGCAGAAUUCUUCCGGACAAAUCAGGCCCAGCGAGAGAAUAAGGCCCAACUCAAACGUUCCGUGGAAGAAGAAUAUCGCAAAUGGAAAACCAUGUCGAACGAAAAUGAUAUCGUGGCUCACUUCUCACAGCAAGGCACACCUCAUCUAUUCAUAUGUCUUCUGUGGAAGAUGUUGAUGGAGAACGAUAGAGUGUCUCCGCUCGCUUAUAAAAUUCUCGACAGAUUAGGAUCGAGAGCGUUGUCUCUACACCUACGAACUUUCGCCGACUUCUUGAUUUACGAGGUGGCGAACUGUGGUCCUGGUCCAGUGGUCAACAAAAGCAUAGAGGCCUUGAAUGAUCUCAUAUGGAAGUGUUACGUGGUUCCUCUUGACCGUUUCAUACUCACCUUAGCAUUACGUUCGUUUGAGGGGAACGAGUCCCAGGUGUGCUUCUUCAUCAUACAGAUGCUACUCAUCAGAUUCGGAGAGUUCAAAUCUCGCGUCACAGAUUUCGUCAAGGAAAACUUGCCGGAGCAUUGGACGCAGUCUGAUUGGCACGAGAGACAUCUCCAAUUCCAGAGGAGAUACCCUGAGAAGUUUUAUUGGGAGAAUCUUCCUGAUUCUAGCCAACCGCACCAAUAUCUACCUGUAUAUUUCGGAAACAUUUGUCUGAGAUUCCUACCGGUCCUCGACAUCGUGCUCCACAGGUUUAUAGAAUUACCCGUGAAUUUACCGAACAAUUCGAUUUCGAUCGAAACGAUUCUGGAUUAUAUCGGCAUGCUGUAUCGAUUCCAUGACCGUCCGCUCACAUACCUGUACAACACCUUACAUUAUUAUGAACAGAAGCUCCGUGACCGAUGUUCCCUGAAGUUGAAACUCGUGCAAGCGAUCACCGGCGGACUCGCUGACAGUUGUCUCACUGAAAACUUCCGCCAGUAUCUGAACAAACAGAUGUCCGACCCCCAACCAAUGUCUUACGCCCCUCCCGACAUGGAAUAUUACAGAUUCAUCCUUCAACGGGUGGUGGAAGCGAUAGGCGGAAAGAAAUCUUCCAUCAUAAUCGAUUGGAGAUUCAACGAGUUUUCGAAUUCGGCUGCGUACACGAUCCAAAUAACCUGCAUAGAGUUGAUGGCACUGCCCGUUCCCCCUGCGGUUGUUGCCAACGGCCUCCUUGACGUCGUUCUGCUCGGUCACACACGAAUCCCGAGGGAUCUGAUUCCGGAUUGGAUGAAUGCUAUCGGCCUACUUCUCACCGCAUUGCCGGAAUCUUAUUGGAGCGUUCUCAACGACCGGAUCAUACAAUUAAUCGGAACACUGCCAGAUGUGGAGGAUAUUUUCCAAUACAUGGAUCUGACAGCGAAGCAGAGAGCUUACACGGAAUCCUUGAUGUCGUACAUUGUAGCUUUAGUGCACUCGGUUUGGUAUCAUGCGUCAAUCGGCCAAAUUUCUCAGAUACCAGCCUUCGUCAGCGAAAAACUGAAACCCAUCAUCAAACGAGAAGAGCAGAUGCUGCUUUUAUGCCAGCUCGUUGCGCCCUUCUUCCAGCGGAUCUCAUCCGAGAGAACUCGCUGUCUCAUGGAUAUCACUAGAGAGCUUUACGAGAUUCUCGAAAUCGUCGAUAAAACACAGCCCCAGCUGAGGUACAUGGACAAUAUUGUGGAUCUUUUCUACCACAUCAAGUACAUGUUCACCGGGGACUCAGUGAAAGCCGAAGUCGAGCACAUCAUACGGAAUCUACGACCGGAGCUUCAACUUAGAUUGAGAUUUAUCACCCAUCUGAAUGUUUCCGGCCCGCAGCAGCCGACCGAGUCUACCGCACCAGGAGCCUCGACCCAGCAAGCGCCGCAACAACAGUCCCAUCAACAAUCCCAACAGCAGCAGCAGCAGCAACAGCCCCUGCAGCAAUCGCAGCAACAAAUGCAACAAAUUCAACAACAACAGCAGCAAGCUUCGCAGCUACAACAACAGCAACAGCAGCAGCAGCAACAACAACAGCAAGUAAUGGGCAAUAGUGGUCAGCUCCAACAACAGCAACAACAGCAGAUGAGCACGAAUGGACAACAUCAACCGAUGGUGUGA